CACACGAUACAAAUCGAUCAAAAAUUUGCGAUUUCGUGUGACUGUUUUGCCACGGUUGAAGCUGCCGCUUGCGUCUCCGCCUAAUAUCAUAAGAGGGACAACAUGAAACUCCCGAAAAAAUUAUUGCGAGGCGUAAGAGAUCGGGAAAUUGGGAUUAAAAGGAAGCCUGGAAGUAAUGAUAUCCUUAGAAAUUAUGCAGAUUUUAUUAGUGCCAAGUAUUCUUCUAAAAUUGUGCCUUUGAUGCUUCAAAGCAAUGUCCGCUCCACCUUCUUGGUCAGCUUCAGCCAUGACAGCGCCCUCAUGGCUUCGACCCAUGGCAACCAUCAUAUCUAUAUCUGGACGGUCAAGACCCAGGAGUGUAUACAAACCCUAGUGGGCCACCCUCGGACCCCAUGGACCAUCAUGUUUCAUCCCUCUUCGAAGGAGAUCUUGGCUUCCGGUUGUCUGGGUGGUGAGGUCCGUGUCUGGGAUCUCCAGGGUAGCAGCGAGAAAUGGUGCUCUCCGAACCGAACCACCAUCACAUCCCUCUCGUUUCACCCUCGGGAUAGACUCCUCGCGAUCGCCACGGGCAACCAGAUCUUUCUCUGGGACUGGAACGAGCCGUCCCCCUUCACCAGCGUUCAGACCAACAGUACCUUUGAAACUGUCAGAUUGGUGAAGUUUGACUCACUAGGCCACUUUCUGUUGACUGGCAUUGCCAAUUUGCUACCUGAACAAGAUGCGAGCAAUAGUGAUGAGAAUGCUCAAGACUCCAACCAAGGGUCAGAGGAGAGUGACCCGGAGCCUCUGGAACCUGAUACAUACCCUGCCCCCUCAAUACCAGAACCAGCUAUACCCCCUGAUAUACUACAGGGACAGCAAGGAGAGUCUUCUAUGAAUCGUCCAAUGUCUCCAGAGUCCAUGGACACAUUAGAACAAGCGAGGGAGUAUGCGGCUUCCGUGACAUUGAACGCAUUACGAAGCCGCCACCAGAGGGGGUUUGUUCCUGGCGAUCCCCCAAACUACCCAAGUAGCUUUGCGCAACCUCUUGGGUAUUUAACCCGUACCAGCCUCCCGGCGCACGAGGCUUCUACCUCACGAGAGAGGAGAUUUACAGGCACGAUGCAAGAACAGAGGACAAGGCAUUCUGUGGAGUCGCUGUCAAACCUUGCCAACUUUGCUUCUAAUCCUCCGACCAACAGCCUCUCUCAGUUGUCUCAGAAUCUCACUAACGAGUUUGCCCUGCCACGCCCGGCACCCGUCGAAGCGGAUAGCACCAGCCCUGUCAACGAACAGCCUCAGGAGAUCGUCAUCCCCUCCGAUGAUUCAGACACCCCUCCCGUGUCUAUGGAAGAGUCCAGGGAGGCGGAACCGGUCAUGGUGGAGGUUGAAGGGGAGAAUGUCCAGGUUGCGGUGGUCACGGACACAAGAGCUGGUCCGUCGUCAAUCCAGCCAAGAGCAGAGACCGCCUAUGUUGCCAGGAUUCCUUCCCGAAGACCACGCACACAGCCGAAUGCAGAAUCCAGCGGGUCACACUUCCCUACUGCCCUUAGUCAUGCCAUGUCUGUUAGAGGAAGAAGUGUAGCAAGAUAUCAAGCUCAACUUUCUCGGCGCUCCCUGCCAGGUAAUUUGAGUGCUGCAGGUCGCAGAUUCGGGCAGGGCUUAUCCGGGGAGCUGCAAUCUUCAUCGAGGGAGGAGGGGGAAGGGUCACCGUUGCCGGAAGGAUCAUCGAGACGACGGAGGGCCAUGCCACAGCUGAGCCGACGUUCCCUCCAGGGGCAGAUGAACAUCGCAGGCCGGCGGUAUAACCCCAGUGUUGUUGGGGAGCAGUCGUUGGGUAGACAGGGGGAUGAUGAAGGCCAGUCGGGUGAGGGAAUGAGAAGAAGAAGACCGUCUAGGUUUGGAUUCCAUCGCACGGCUCUCAGGAGACGGGUGCUACACAGUCAUUAUAGUACAAGCUUGUUUGAUAACACACAGCCUCCAUCACCAUCGGUACAUUAUGCUAUCAACAGAGCCAUUGCAAAUGCACUGGCAGGGCGAGGUCAAAUGGCUGUUGCAAAUAACAUCAGUAACCGCACCCACAGGCUUCAAUGGUGGGAUAUGUCGGAUUAUUACCUACCAGAUAUCACAGAUGCACAAAGUAAUGUGAUCGUCGCAGAGUGUAAGAUCCAUAACGAUGCCAGCGUUGAUAUCUCAAGCGAUCGCCGUCUGGCUGCAUUUAUCCCGAGCCACAUGGGGUUUCCGGAUCACGGCGUCCUGGCGGUUUGUUCACUCGAAAGACACAACCUUGGAGAAGUGCUCUUUACUAAGAGUUUUGGACCCAAUGCCAUCACUGUAAGUCUAUCUCCCUCUGGAAACUACAUUCUUGUCGGUCUGGCUGCAAGAAGGCUCCAGUGGCAGAUGUUUCAUGGGUUAAUGGCCGAUGUCUACCAGCUUCAAAAGCCAGAAGCAGGUGAGGACUCGAUGACGUUCGUCAAUCGUAUAAUUCAUCCAUUAGACCCCCAGCAGAGAUUGGUUGUUAGCGUGAACAUUGCUCGAUGGAUCCCAAGACCCGGAGCUGGUCUGGUCUACGGGACAAACAGAGGGGACCUUUGCUUCUGCACUCCAAAGCUGGACAAUGAAGAUGAACCUGUGGUUAGUCAAGGCACAUCAACAUCAGAACUUUGUGAUACCACGGCUAAUCAGUUGGACAUGGUGGAACGUCGUCGAAGCUACCGAGAACUUGGCAUGAUGGCUGUCCGACUGUCCAACUCUCAGACCGGCAGUCCAUCAAGCGAAGCAUCCCGCCAGGCAUCGGUGUCUCAGUCUACCCAGACAGGAAACAGCAUGGUGCAGAACAUGUCCACCCAGACUGAUUUCGGGAACGAGGGCCACGUGGCGGGCAGGGAGAGGAUAGCUGAACGGAGGAGCGAUGUCUACGAGGCUCUUCGCAGCGGCACCUUUGUGGAGGAGAGGGCAGCAGGGAGCAGCGAAGGAAGUGGCCAAGACACAGUGGAGGAUAUGCAGGGGCCAUCGGGGUUGCAUCAACGGCAGGUGUUACAGGAUGACGCGACAGGAGAGAGCGAUGAUAGUGGCGAGAGUUCAUCAGGAAUUGGUGGAAGUGAACGUCGCGAAAGCUGUGAUGCAAGCACAGAGGUUGGUAAUCAUGGUAACCAAUUUAUGAGAGGACAGGAUGGUGACACUAAGAAUUCAAGAACAGAAGAGUGCCUAGCAGAAAGGCACAGUGGAUCAGUUAGCCAUCAAGGUUCUGAUACCAUAAGCAGACUUGCAUCAACAAAUGCUAUUUGCCGUCAACCGUCCGAGACAAACUCUACCCAAUUUCCUAGCUCGAUUAAUCCAGAAGCAAGAAUUGUCUCCCCACUAGUGGUGCCCACUCGGCGUGCGUCUACUGAGAGGGAUAUCCCAGCAUCAAGUCAGUCAUGCCGGAUGCUUCGGCUGGACUCGCCAGAUAGCUUUGAGCAACCUGACAGUACUUCUUCAGGAAAUGGAAUCCGUUCCUCAUCAAUGGGAAGGGAACGUUCAGCAUUUCAUGUUGUUGGACCAGGCGGAGAUGUGAGCAGCUCUGGCCUGUCAUCGUCAUCUCGAUCAUCUACCAUCUCGUAUGGACAUCGCAGCCUGAGCAGGCCUCCAGUCAGAUUCAUUGAAUCUAUGAGCCAGGAAUCAGAUGGCAGCGAUCCUGAGGAACAGAGAAACUUGACAGGUGUAAGUCAAAGUUUGAACUCCAGAGGGCGCCCUAUUCAGAGCAGAAGACAGCAUCUAAGUUUGGACUUACCUGCCACUCAUGUUGUAAAUUCAAGCACAAGUGACAGUCUUUCUCCAGGCGAAGUCGACGAAGGAAGUUCUACUAUAUCAGAAACACCAAGGUCAAGGUCUUCCCAUCUUUUAAUGGAAGAUCAAACGUCAGACGAUCAAGUCAGUUCAAGGUCAAGACCUCAGGCAAACCCAGAUGGCCUUCAUGUAGUUAUGGACAGUCAUAUUACAGUACAAGCAUCAAACCUGAACACUGACCCCUUGAAUGAAUCCUUACAAGAGCACGAACAGUACCAGGAACUAGAAUCGGAUCCAAACUCUUUUGCAGGAAGUGGUGCAUUUUCAGACACUGAAGGGCAAUCGAGGCUGGCCACAAUGGAAAUUGAUGAUGGGAGCAAUACAGCCCAAGGUUCUUAGAACGUUUUUUUGUUCAUGAAUGUCAUAAUUUGUUGCUGGGGUAAUUUUAGAAGUUAUAUCUCAAAUCUAGGUGUUGGUGUUGGGCUG